CGGGUCGCAAACAUGGCACGCUUGUGGAUGAACAUGUGAGAUUUUGUACAUGAGAGUAUUUUAGGAUAUUUACAGUGAACCUCGUACAGUUGUAUAACUUGAUCAAAAAUGGAAUCUAUGGAGGAAGAUUUUCCCCGUGGUGGCAAAGAGAAGAAGACUUCUGAGCCUAAACCCUCAAAGACUCAUGCAGUGGACAAUCUUUUUGAGACACGUGAACCAGAGUUCAUGAGGAAGAGGAAGACUGUGAAACAAGACGAAUGGAAGGAAUUAAAAAAACAGAAAGUGCAUGAAGAUUUAAAACUCAAUACUGCCACCAGAGUGGAGAUUCUUCAUAAAAGUAAUUUGAAGGUUGGCACUCUGUUGCUGGGUUGUGUGAAGGAAGUGUCAGUCAUGGAGGUGGUGGUCGGUCUCCCAAGUGGCAUGGUUGGUUACAUGCCAAUCUGCAACAUUUGUGAUUCCUACACGAAGAUCCUUAAUGACACACUGCACUUGGAAGACAGUUUAGAGGAAGUUGUCUCCCUCUCUGAACUUCUGACACCUGGAAUGCUGAUCAGAUGUGUCGUAUCCUCCUUAAACGCAUUUAAAGAGGGUUCUUUGAGUCUUAAAGUGUCAAUCAAUCCAAAAGAGGUUAACAAGAACCUGAGUUCAGGCAAAUUGAAACCAGGAAUGACGCUUAGUGGUUGUGUAGAUGGUGUGGAAGAUCACGGCUACCUGGUUGACAUUGGGGUCGGUGGCACUAAAGCUUUCCUGCCCAAAAAGAGUACAUCCUCAAAGCAAGAUUUGAAGGUGGGCCAGUAUGUGUUGACCCUAAUAGAGGAGGUUAAGAAUGAUGGGCAUGUCGUGCGACUGUCUAUGAACCCUCAGGCUCUGAGUAAGGCAUAUGUAGAGACUGAGCACGGAUGGACCCUGGACACCCUCCUACCUGGCCUGCUGGUCCGGGCACGCAUCAAGAGGGUGACUCCUAACGGGCUUAUUGUGGGGUUUCUGUCAGCUUUCACUGGAGUGGUUGAUUUUCUGCACAUUGAUGAAGUCAAAGCAUCUACUUACAACAAAGGUGAUGAGGUCCUGGGACGGAUACUGUAUGUGGAGCCCUCCACGCGGCUGGUGAGCCUGUCACUGCGCAGCCAUCUCCUGGCACCAGGUGGUGAUGUACUGAACACCUUGAAGAGUGAGCGUGUGGGUGAAGUGGUUCAAAGCUGUUUGAUGACUGCUAUGCACCAUCACUCUGGGGCUCUGAUGCGGAUGCCCGAUGGUACUACUGCCUUUGUGCAUAAAAACCACACGAAGGAGCCACAAGAUGAAUUCAAUCCAAACCGUUUGCUGGCCCUCCCCGAUCACGCUAUGAGAAUCACGGAUUACAGUCCCAUGGAGCAAAUUCACCUGGCCACACUGCGCAGGAGCAUUAUUGCAACACCAUUCUUCACAUACCAAGACAUUAAAGCUGGUCAAAUUAUUGAGGGUACAGUUACAAGUCUGCAUCCACAUGGCAUGUACGUGAGUAUUACUAACCAUAUCAGAGGAAUGAUACCCAGAACUCACCUGGCCGACAUCGUCCUUAAGAACCCAGAGAAAAAGUUUCACGUGGGCAUGAAAGUCAAGUGCAGGGUAUUGUCAGUAGAUGCUCAGAAUAAGAGGAUGAUACUGACUAAGAAAAAAGCCCUUGUGGAGUCCAAACUUCCUCUCUUCCUGUCAUACUCUGAUGCCAGGGUGGGCCGCAUCUCCCAUGGCGUCAUCGUGUCCAUGAAGGACUUUGGCUGCAUUGUGCGUUUCUACGGAGAUGUGAAGGGACUGGUUCCAAUCCAGGAGCUAUCCAGAGAGCUUGUGGUUAAUGCAGGAGAUAUUUUCUUCAUUGGCCAGGUCGUCCAAGCCAAAGUCAUAAAAUGCGAUGUAGAAAAUGAGAAAAUGCUCCUAUCAUUUAAGGCCGUGACCGAAGGAGAUCUAAGAUGGGAGGAGACCGCAAAGUUUGACUUUAAAGUUGGAAAGACGGUUGAUGUAAGAGUGUGCAGUAAAGUCCCAGAUGGCCUGCGGGUCUCCAUUCUUCCUGACAAUAUACCAGCGUUCCUACCCAAAGGGCAUCUCUCUGAUCAUGUGACCAACUGUUCUCUCCUGUGGGCGGCACUGGAGGAGGGCGACAUCAUCUCCAGCACAGUGUGUCUCACGAAAAACAAGAUGGGCAUUACUCUCACUAAGAAGCCUGUACUGAAGGCCUGUCUGGAGGAUGGGAUCAUCCCGAAGGAGUUCUCUGAACUGCAGGUGGGGAUGCAGAUGGUGGGCUGGGUGAAGAACAUCAUGCCUUACGGAGUCUUCAUCGAUUACCCUCACGGACUCUGCAGCCUCGCUCCUAAAGCUGCUUUGGGCGAGCAGUUCAUCACAGACACAUCUGGUUUAUUUGAGAUCGGCCAGACAGUGGUUGCCAAGGUGACUAAUCUGGAUGAGGAGAAGAGACGGUUUCUGGUCAGUCUGAAGGUGUCAGAUUUGUACCUGUCUGAAGAAGAUGCCCAGGACAGACUGAUCCAGGGUCAGAAGGAAAGGAAAACCAUUACUGAGAUGAUCACUUGCAGAGGUGAAUCUGCCGUCUUACAGCAGCUGUCGUCUGUAUCAGUGGGAGUUAAGAUGAAGAUGACAGUGGGAGAUACCACAGAGGAUGGCACAGUCACACUGACCUCAGAUCAGCUCAGUGAAGCCACAGUUUUGGCCUCUAAAUAUCACACAGAAGGAGUGAAUGUGACUCCAGGCUGCAAGCUCAAUGCUGUGGUGCUCCAUGUUGACCUUUUGAAGUCUCUCGUCCAUGUGUCGCUGCUGCCAAAGUUGACCGGAAAGAGAAAAACUUUGGAAAAGGCCUCUGAACACACCUCUACGAUCCAGUACGCAGACAGAGACUUUGCUGUCGUAUCAUUGGGCCACACUGGUCACCUGACCAUCAUUCCCUUAUUGACUUACUUAAAUGACAUCUACCACCAUGUGUCAGAGAAGUUCUCCAUUGGCUCCCAUCUGAAUGUGACCGUGUUGGACCCGAGCAGUGAAGAGUUAGGAGGUCUUCCUCUCGUUGCAUACCAGAACCUGAAAGCCAGACCUGAGCAGACCAGAUCAAACAGCAAAGAUUCAGGACCUCACAGCAUUGGGGAAGUGAUGACAGUCAAAAUCAAGAAGGUGAAACCAAUGGGUUUGCUCGUGACAUUGCCAUCUGGAACCACAGGCAGUAUCCAUGUAUCUGAGAUCGAGGAAUCACCCGCGAUUGGCAGCUUUCCAACAGCAUCCCUAAAGGUCGGGACAGAGGUCAAAGCCAGAGUGACCGGAGGGCGCACAGUUCGUGGUCACAAGUUCCUGCCAGUUACUCACCCCAACUUUGACAUUUCACUUCCUGAACUCACCCUUCUGCCCAGUAAAGUUGAAGAUAUUGACAGGCAGGUUGACAAGAUGCCAAAUUACAACCCUGGAGACGAUGUCAUAUGCUUCCCAUUAAAGUAUGUCAAAAAAUCUAAGCUUUUAGAAGUACAUGUGAAGCCUAACAUCAUGGGGACCAUUGAGAUGUUAGCCAUGAUUACCAAACCUGCGCAAGCUAAUCACCCACAGACACUCGUCAAACCUGGACAGACCUUUUCUGCAAAGGUUGUUGGGAUUAGUACGAAAAGGCCUCUUCGACUUUCCCUUUCACUCACAGGGACCUACAAGCUGGAGAAAGGAUCAGUCGCCAUGGCGAUGGUUUGGAAAGUCGAGCCCAAAGGACUGAUGCUCAAACUCCCAUUUGGGAAUUCGGGUUUUGCGUCCAUAUUGGAUCUCUCAGAUUCAUACACAGACAAUCCACUAGAGCCCUACAAAGAGAACCAAGUCGUUCGGUGCUGUGUUAUCGAUGAGGAUGAUAGGAAAUUCAAUGUGUCAUUGCGUCCUUCCAGGAUUCAUAUGGGCCAACAAAAGAAAGUCACAGACCCAGAAAUUGAAUCUGUUUCCGAUAUAAAGGAGGAUCAGAUUAUCAGAGGAUAUGUCAAGUGUGUUGGAAAAAAAGGCAUAUUUGUGAGGUUAUCACGGACCAUCACAGGACGGGUUAUGUUACAGCAUGCUACAAAUUACUUCAUGAAUGACCUAAACAUGAUUUCCAAACACAUCACUGAGAAUGCAUUGGUGACAGCCAAGGUUCUAAGUGUGAGCACUGAGAACAGCAAAGUGGAGCUGUCCUUGCUGUCAGAGGACACUGGAAAGCCAGAUAUACUUCCAGAAUCCCUUGGUUUGGAAUUGCGACUGAAGGGAGUGGAGAAAGUGGAACGGGACAAGAGAUCUAUUAAAAGAAAGCGCACUCCUUCUGAGAGCCAGCAACAAGAUAAUGUGAAAGUUGGACAGAAGAUUAAGGUUUGCACAGGGAAGGAAGAAAGCGUGCAAGAGAAGAAAAGGAAAAAAACUAAAGUAAAAAAAGAAGACAGUGACAGUGGCGUUGAGGUGUUUUUUAGAGAAGAGGAAACAGAAUUUAAAAAAGAGAGCGAACAGGAUAAGCAUAAGGAAAACAAACCUAAAUGUCCCGCACGGCUGCAGAUAGCAUCUGGAUUUUCCUGGGACUGCACACUGAGCUCUUUAACUCCCGCAACCAAAUUAGACAACACCCAUAAUAGUGACGAUGAAGAGGAAGUUCAGAACAAGCCUGUGAAGAAGUCCCGUAAAGAGCUUCAUCAGGAGCAGAAGAACGCGGAGCAGCAGCUCAGCAAGCGUGAGGUGGAGCUUAUGGACCCGUCUGUACGGCCGGACAGCACAGCGGCGUUUGAGCGUCUGCUCCUCUCAUCUCCCGACAGCUCCCUGCUCUGGCUGCAGUACAUGGCCUUCCAUCUGCAGGCCACACAGAUCGAGCAGGCACGAGCCGUCGCAGAGAGAGCCCUCAAAACCAUCUCAUUUAGAGAGGAACAGGAGAAGCUGAACGUGUGGGUGGCCAUGCUCAAUCUGGAGAACAUGUACGGCACAGAAGAGAAUUUGCAGAAGGUCUUUGAACGGGCCACUCAGUACUGUGAACCUAUGCCUGUGUACCAACAGCUGGCCGACAUUUACGCCAAGUCGGACAAAAUCAAAGAGGCAGAGAGUCUUUAUAAAAGCAUGGUGAAACGCUUCAAGCAGGAGAAAGCUGUUUAUCAGAGUUACGGCGCCUUCCUGCUACGACAAGGCCAGAGCGAUGCUGCCAACACCCUUCUACAGAGGGCGCUGCAGAGUCUGUCCAGUAAAGAACAUGUAGACUUGAUCAGCAAAUUUGCCCGUUUGGAGUUUCAGUACGGGAAUACUGAGAAAGCCAAAUCCAUGUUUGACAAGGUCCUGAGCACCUACCCCAAACGUACAGACCUGUGGUCUGUGUUCAUAGAUCUGAUGGUGAAGCAUGGCUCUCAGAAGGAAGUGAGAGAGCUGUUUGAUCGUGUGAUCCACCUUAGCGUUUCGGUAAAGAAGAUCAAGUUUUUCUUCAAGCGUUACCUGGAGUAUGAAAAGAAGAGCGGCACACCUGAGAGCAUCCAGGUGGUCAAACUGAAAGCUCUGGAAUACGUAGAGUCCAAAGGAGCAGAAGCCGCCAACUAG